AUACUCCGCCGAUACAAAAUUCCAAUUAAAGUAUUAAACCUUCUCCCGCUCUCCCCGCCAUUUUUCCUUUCCAUUUCAACUCCGCUUCUCUCGUUCUAGGGCUUUUCUGUAUCGUAGUCCCUGUUUUCUUGCUGCGACACCAUACAUUUCUUCAUUUUCUGUUCGAAUUUGCAGGAGUUGAAUGUGUAACGAUGUCUCUAUGUGAUUUGUCUCCGUCUUCGAUGACAAGCUCAGGCGGCUGGAACCUCCGAAGUUUCGGUCAUGAGAAAGCUUGCCGGCUACCGAAUACUGUACACUCAGAAGUUGCACCUUGCUUGCCUCUGCCGUCACUUCCGCUGUUCUGUGGUGCUAUUGAUCAGGAGCUUCGACUGUUCGAUGAAUCGAGUAGUGUAAGGUCGCUGAAUAGGAAGGAUAUUCUUGAUCAGGCUAAUCAGAUUGGUGAUCUUCUCAGAGAGACUGAUGUGUCGUACCUGAAUCUUAGAGAUUCCACAAAUCCUCCUCCAUACAGCUUUGCAGGGGAAGCAGAGCCUUUUGGGCUUCUUAACAAAGGUCUACAGCACAAUUCUGAAGCCUUUGAGUAUUCUGUUCCAGGUCCCAUUGAGGAGCCACAGUGUACUAGUUCAGUAUCUGAAGAGAGGCCUAUCAAACAAAAUGUUCCCAUUGUUAGUGAAGUACAGAUAGAUUAUGGAGAAACGUCUAAUCAUUCCUUGGGCGGGAAUCUUGUUGAUGAUAUACCAAAUUCUGUUCCUUUCAAGAAACCUAAAGUCAAGAAGAGAGGAAGUGAUGAUGGCUCUUUCCUUAGUGGACCAGAUUCUGCUGAGCUCCAAGAUGGGAUCAUCAAAAGCUUUUGUAAGAUGUUGGAGGGUUUUUGUCGGAGAGAGGAAUCUCUUAAUGAUGACCAUGACAAAGCAGAAUGGACUUCAUUGCCUCUUUCUGAUCUUAAAAUGAUUGUAAAUGAAAUAAUGUCUAUCCGUACAAAGAAAAUUCUGCAUCUGGUUCCUGUAGAUAUUCUUGUAAAGCUUCUAAAUGUUCUGGAUCUUCAAAUUCGUCAUGCAGAAGGAUUGUCCAUCCUUGACAAAGAAAAUGAUGAAUCAGAUAUUGUAUCAGUAGUUAUGUGUGGAUUGGAGUCCGCACAUGUCACAUUAGCUGUAAUGGCUUAUCGUGACAUGCCAAAGCAGCUCUACAAAGAAGAGGUCAUUGAAAGAAUUCUGGACUUCUCUAGGCAUCAAAUCAUGGAGUGCAUGUCAGCUUGUGAUCCAUCAUACCGUGCACUGCAUAAACCCAGUGAAAAUGGGACGCUUGGGGGAGAGGAGUAUGAAGAAGCUGAUGCCGAAUUUGGUUCUACAAGCAAGAAGCGACAUAGUAUGAGGAGUGUUAGAAUGAAGAAGUCAACCAUUAACAAGGUUUCUUCUGCUGUUAAUGCGCUUCUUCAGAAACUUUGCGCCAUUCUUGGUUUCCUUAGGGAUCUGCUGUCAAUAGAGCGCCUAUCAGAUAGUUGCAUCCUACAGUUGGUGAAGACGAGCUUUGGAACCUUGUUAGUGGAUAACAUACAGCUCUUGCAGUUGAAAGCCAUCAGUUUAAUCUGUGGGGUAUUUUCGUCAUAUGCGCAGCACAGGAAUUUUUUGAUAGAUGAAACAGUGCAGCAGCUGUGGAAGCUACCAUCUUCCAAGCGAGCACUUAGAACUUACCAUCUACCUGAGGAAGAGGAAAAGCAGAUACAGAUGAUCACUGCCUUGCUGAUUCAGUUAGUUCAGUCUAGUGCAAAUAUUCCUGAAGCAUUGAGGCAAACACAAACUGGCAGUCAAAUCUUGGAGGUUUCAAUUGAUGCUAGUUAUCCAACCAAAUGCCAUGAAGCUGCCACUGAGGCAUGUUGCCUUUUUUGGUCUCAUGUUCUUCAGAGAUUUACAACUGCAAAAUCUCAUGAUGUGUCUGAAUUGAAGUUGAUAUUGGAGAAUCUUGUUAUGGAUCUUCUGACAACAUUGAACUUACCUGAAUAUCCUGCUUCUGCUCAUAUUCUUGAGGUUCUUUGUGUCCUAUUGCUCCAGAACGCUGGACUUAAAUCCAAAGACAUGUCUGCACGUUCCAUGGCCAUUGAACUUAUUGGAACAAUUGCUUCUAGGUUGAAACGGGAUGCUGUCCUUUGCCGCACAGAUAAGUUCUGGAUUUUACAGGAGUUGGCAGAUGGAGAAAGGGAUGAUCAUGAGCAUCCAGAAGAUGUUUGUUCUGUUUGUCUCGAUCGAAGGGGUGGGAAAACGUUGUUUGUAUGUCAUGGAUGUCAGAGAUUGUUUCAUACUGAUUGCAUGGGAGUCACAGAGCAUGAAGCUCCUACCCGUGGCUGGUAUUGUCAAUUUUGCCUCUGUAAGAAGCAACUGAUUGUUCUACAAUCAUAUUGCAAAUCGCAGUGCAAAGAUGAUGGUUUAAAGAAUCAACAUGCGUCAGAUAUAACUUCUGAAAUGUCAGAACCUAGUGCAAAAUUGGUGAUUGUUCAACAAAUGCUUCUGAAUUAUCUCCAGGAAGCCAUUUCUCCAGAUGAUGCAUAUCUUUUUGCUCGCUGGUUCUAUCUUUGCCUAUGGUACAAAUAUGGUCCAAGAUCACAAGAGAAGCUCAUUUACUUCCUUGGUAGACUCAAGUCUAAAGCAAUUUUGCGGGACUUUGGCACUGUUUCAUCAUUAUUAACAAGGGAUUCGGUGAAAAAGAUUUCUUUAGCAUUGGGGCAAAACAACUCUUUCUCUAGAGGAUUGAAUAAAAUUCUUUAUUUGCUUCUGGCGAGUUUAGGGGAGAACUCUCCUAUAAUAAGGGCCAAGGCUUUACGUGCGGUUGGUGUAAUUGUUGAAGCUGAUCCGGAGGUUUUGUGCGAGAAAAACGUUCAAUUGGCUGUUGAAGGAAGGUUCUGUGACUCUGCGAUCUCAGUCCGCGAAGCUGCCUUGGAACUUGUCGGUAGGCAUAUUGCUUCACAUCCUGAUGUUGGUUUGAAGUAUUUUGAAAAAGUUGCUGAGAGAAUGAAGGAUACCGGAGUCAGUGUUCGCAAACGAGCUAUCAAAAUAAUCAGGGACAUGUGUAUGUCUAAUGCAAACUUUUCAGAAUUCACGGGUGCCUGCGUUGAGAUUAUUUCUCGUGUCAAUGAUGAAGAAUUCAGCAUACAGGAUCUUGUCUGCAAGACAUUUUUUGAGUUCUGGUUUGAGGAGCCUUGUGGUUUCCAGACUCAGUUUGUUGGGGGUGGUAGUUUUGUUCCAUUGGAAGUUGCAAAGAAGACUGAGCAGAUUGUUGAGAUGUUGAGGAAGAUGCCAAAUCAUCAACUUCUUGUAACCAUCAUAAGGCGCAAUCUAGCACUCGAUUUUUUCCCACAAUCUGCUAAAGCUGUUGGAAUUAACCCUGUAUCACUUGCAUCAGUACGUAAGCGUUGUGAGUUAAUGUGCAAAUGUUUAUUGGAACGGAUAUUGCAGGUAGAGGAAACAAUUCAUGAGGAUGUGGAAAUGCGUGCACUUCCUUAUGUGUUGGCUUUGCAUUCAUUUUGUGUCGUGGAUCCGAAACUCUGUGCACCAGCUUCUGAUCCAUCGCAGUUUGUUGUUACUCUUCAGCCAUACCUUAAGAACCAGAUUGAUAAUCGAGCAGUAGCACAACUGCUGGAGAGUAUAAUCUUUGUAAUUGGUGCUGUUCUACCUCUGCUCAGAAAGCUUCCGCAAAGUGUUAUUGAAGAACUUGAACAAGAUCUGAAGCAGAUGAUUGUUCGGCAUUCCUUCUUGUCAGUUGUUCAUGCUUGCAUCAAGUGUCUUUGCUCGCUGUGUAAAGUAGCAGGGGAAGGUGCCAGUUUAGUUGAAUACCUUAUUCAGGUUUUCUUGAAACGCUUGGAUGACUUUGGGAUUGAUAAUAAGCAGCAAGUUGGCCGGUCACUUUUCUGUCUUGGGCUGCUAGUCCGUUAUGGAAAUGAGUUACUGGUUUCCUCAGAUAACAGAAAUAUAGAUGCUUCCAAGAGCCUAAUCUUGCUAAAAAAAUCUCUUUCUUCAGAGGAUUUUGUCAUAAAGGUCCGAUCUUUACAGGCAUUAGGGUUUGUUUUAAUUGCUUGGCCUGAGUAUAUGUUGGAAAAGGAUGUCAGGAAAAUAUUAGAAGCGUCACUGUCAUCUGAUUGUGAUCCUCGUCUUAAGAUGCAGUCAUUGCAAAACUUAUAUGAAUAUCUUCUUGAUGCGGAAAGCAAAAUGGGAUCUGUGAAGAGUGCCAAUAAUGUGGUCCACCAUCCUGAAAGUGGUCAAAGCGUUCCCAUGGCUGCUGGGGCUGGUGAUACUAACAUUUGUGGUGGAAUAAUUCAAUUAUAUUGGAAUACUAUCUUGGAAAGAUGCUUGGAUGUAAAUGACAGAAUUCGUCAGUCAACCCUUAAGAUUGUGGAGGUUGUGCUACGACAAGGUCUGGUUCACCCAAUUACGUGUGUUCCAUACCUUAUAGCACUUGAAACAGAUCCACAUGAGGUGAAUGCAAAGCUGGCGCAUCAUAUGCUAAUGAACAUGAAUGAGAAGUAUCCUGCCUUUUUUGAAAGCCGUUUAGGUGAUGGCCUUCAGAUGUCCUUUGGUUUUAUCCAGUCGAUGACUGGAAACUCUCUUGAAUAUUCCAAUCAAAACAAGGUAUAUGUAAACCUGAAGGGGAGAUCUGAUGGUUGCUCGUUCAAUUUUGCAAGACUUGGAGUUUCACGCAUCUACAGGCUUAUUCGGGGAAAUCGUGUUUCUAGAAACAAAUUUAUGUCCUCAGUUGUCCGCAAAUUUGAUUCUCCAUCUGGGAACCAUUCCUUGAUCCCCUUCCUGAUGUACUGCACAGAAAUCCUUGCGUCUCUGCCAUUCACAACACCUGAUGAGCCUCUUUACUUGAUCUACACUAUAAACCGAGUUGUACAAGUUAGGGCUGGGGCACUUGAAGCAAACAUGAAAGCCUUUACUACACGUUCCAUGCAGAUGGAUACACAUAAUGUUCCUCAUGAAAAUGGGGUAUUUCAGGAAGAAGCAGCUGGUCACCCCAUAUCUUAUCAUACUAUUACUGAGGACAAAAAAGGGCAUUCAAUUACCUCACCUGCUUCCUAUGAAAUCUCUGAAGACGAACUGAAACAAAUCCAGGCUUAUUGUCAUGCUGCAACAGCUCUGCAACUCCUUUUGAAGCUAAAGAGACACUUAAAAGUUGUGUACAGCCUUAAUGAUGCCCGAUGUCAGGCAUUUUCUCCAAAUGAACCUCUAAAACCGGGGGAAGUUCUAGCAAAGCAAAACACUCCCUUUAACGUUAGUGAAACAAGCAUCAGUUUGCCUACUUUGUAUGAAGAAGUGAUUGUGCGAUACCAGGAACUUAAGGCUGCAUUGAAAGAGGACACUGUUGAUUAUUCCACCUACGCAUCUAAUGUGAAGAGGAAGCGCCCUCCUGCCCGAAACUCUAGAGGUGGAAAAUCAGGCCGUGAGGCAAGUGCAGAUGAAGAUGAUGACAUUUAUGAUGAAGAUUGGACUAGUGCAGCUCGAAAGCUGAACUACAGUGCAAGGAGAGGCAAUGGCAGUAGAGGAGUCAGACAACGGUUGUAAGUAUAAAUAGUAGCUUACAUGUAUAUUAUGUAGGGAGUAGGGAAGCAGGAAAAAAAAAAAAAGGUGAAAAAAAAAAAUAGAAAUAGGAGGAAGAAAGGUGGUGGUCAGAGAAAAAGGAGCCACUUAUUUCUACUGGCUCUAAUAGUUGUUAGGGUAGUGAUCUUCGCAAGUGUAUCCACCCUUCAUAUUGUGUUGAACUUUACUUACUAAUUGUUACCCAUUUUCUUUAAUGAAAAUUCCAUUUGCAUUCA